GCAUCAGGCUUGGUCUGAUCUGAAUGUGGUUACGUCAACUGCAGCAAAUAUGGAGCCUGCCGGCAGAGUUCAUUCUAGGGCGCAAGGUAAUACCCUGGCCGCUGUGCCGCACUGCCAUCGAGGGUCCAAGUCUGCUGCUGGGCUUGCAGCAGCCAACGGCACUUGUGCUUGUUUGUGCCACUCAAGAGUCGCCGGCGCCGAGAGCUCUGUCGCCUCAGACCACAAGACCCAGUUCGCACCGCACGCCACGCACUCCACACCAACAGCAACACGCUCAGCAGGGACACGGAUGGGAGAGCCAUCAGGAACAGCAACAGCAACCAGAUGAACAAGGACAAAAGCAAGAGCUGAAUCAGGAAAAACAAAAGGAGCAAGAUCAACAACAGGGGAAAGAACAAGAAUGGGGACAUAAACAAGAACAGGUACAAGAAGAAACCCAAGCACAAAAACAACAAGAACAGGAACAAGAACUGAGACAAGAACAAAAACAAGGGCCAGGACAGGAAUUGGAACAAGAUCAAGAAGAACGGAAACAGAAACAAAGUUGGGAUCAGGAAAGAGGAAUGGAACAAGAAGAGGAACAAUCUGAAGUACAAGAACAAAUACAAGUAGAAGAACAAGAACCAGGACAGGGACAAGAACAGGAACGAGAUCAACAACAGGGGAAAGAAGAGGAAGAGGUACCUAAACGAGAACAGGGACAAGAACAAACCCAAGCACAAAAACAACAAGAACAGGAACAAGAACUGAGACAAGAACAUGAACAGGGGCCGGGACAGGAAUUGGGAGAGGAAGAGGAACAAGGACAAGAAGAACAACAGGAAGACAAGCAAAGUUGGGAUCACGAAAGAGUGCCGGGGCUGGAACAAGGAGAAGAACAAUUUCAAAUACAGGAACAAGCACAGGAAGAGGAACAAGAACCAGGACAGGAACAAGAACAGAAACUAGAAGAGGAACAAUAUCAAGAACAGGAACAGGUAGAAGAACAAGAACCAGGACAGGAACAAGAACAGAAACUAGAAGAGGAACAAGAAAGGCAUUGGGAACAGGAACAAGAACCACAAAAGAAACAAGAACAGGAACAGUCUAAAGAAUGGGGGCAAGGACAAGAAUAUGAAUAUGAAGAACAACAAGAGCAAAACCAAGAAUUUGUUCCAAAAAAAGAACAGGAAGUACAUGAACCACAGGAACAAGUUCAUGGACAAAAACAUGAACAAGAAGAAAAACAACAAGAAUGGGAAGAACAAGAACAAGACUGGGAACAGGAACAAGAACAGGAAGACAAAAAGGAAAAAGAACAAUAUCGUGAACCGGUAACUGAACAGGAACAGGGACAAGAACAACAUCAAAAACAAGAACAAAAAGAAAAACAAGAGUUGGAUCAAGAACAAGGUCCAAGAACGGAACAGGAACAAGGACAACAUCAUGCAGGUGAGGAAAGUCUAUUUGUACGCUUCUUUGAUGCUCUCAAUCUCUUCUUUUACGAUCCUGUUCCUUGA